ACACAAUAAAAUAUCUCUCAAGACGACAUGAAGGUUCGAGCGAAUAUAUCAAUACUUUAUAAAAAUUAUAUUUUAUACACAUUUUACAUGUAAUUUAAUUUAAACAGCCAAUUUUAAUUUCAUACAAUUAGUUUUUUUUAAUGCUUGGCUAUUUCUUUUUCAUUCUGUCAUCAUUUUCAUUUUUUUCAAUCUCAUACAAAUGUAUAACAAACACAUACAGCGUUUAAUACUUUUUCAGUUGUUUUAAAAUUACACUGCUUAAGAUGUGUUGCGCAAAACACAGAGUUUAUUUGAUCUGAUACUAGAAAAAAAAAGUCUUCGCCACUGGACUUUUAUUUUGGAAUUAAAGCUGUCUGUGAGGAAGUUGCUUGCGUCGCAAUGUUUACAUGACAAACUACACUUCAUCCUGAACAGUGACACGUCUCUACAAGCUAAUUAAAUGAACGUAAUUAAAGGUGGUGUCUUUACUCCUGGUGCAUUAUGGGUCAGUGGAGGCCCGUGUCUAACCUGAGAGAUCAGGUAUCUCGACACCCUCCUGUGGUUGUGUUCUUCCUCAGUCUGCUGAUCCUCUCCAUAACUUUCGUCUGCACUGGACUGUACACUCAGAAUCACGACAUCAAGGACCCUGACAUAAGUGUAGACUGGAACCGGGUUCUGGGGUCUAUCGCUGGAUUUAAGUUCUGCACACAUCUGAAUGACACAGACGCACCGCUGGAGGAAGACUCUCCACGGAUGGUGGAGCAUUCAGAUAGGACAAAUAUUUCCUCCAACAGCGCUCAUGUUUCCUUACUGGUGCCGCUGGUGUUUACCGGGGACGUCCCAGAUAAUACUGCCAUUAGUGCCACAGUGUUGGGCAGCCAGCUGGGCAUGAAAGGGGCUGCAGCGAAAGCAUCCGUCAAUAUAUCUCUGCUCCUGCACACUGAUAUCACCGACAGUCAAACUCCUGCUGGGACGCAGAGCAGUCGACCCCUGACCUGUCUUCACUUCACAGCCCUGACCCAUGUUUUCCCUCAGACGCCGUCACCUCCAGAAUGCCCAGUCACAGAGAACGAAGACAAGCGCGCUUCUCCUGUCCGGGCUGUUGCUGUAGAAGCACACAAGCACAAUUCUCCACACUGCUUCAGUCUGGAGUUCACACCAGAUCCACACCUGACAGUCCUGCUCACGAAGGAUGAAAAAGCCUUGUGCAGGUAUCACUUGUUGCUGGUUAGUGUUGCGCUGCUGGUUAUCUGUGUCCUCAUGAGUCUCUGUGGAACUUUUUCUUCACAUUCGCCACGUUCUUACCAGGGAAAUGACCUUCAAAAGGAAUCGCUGCUGAGCCAAUGAGAAAAAUCUGCAGAACCGCCACAUUUGAGAGUGACCUGGCACUACAUAACAUCAGGACGCUUGAAGACAUCUGCUAAUGAAAGAAAUUAGCUUUCGGGUAUUCAACAGUAAUUUUUCAUCCUAACAUGUUUGUCUUGUGCAUCUAAAAAAUUGCAACCAGUUAUGCAGGCUGCAUGCAAUUUACUCAGAAUAGAUCUAAAUGACUUUAUUUCACGUUUGGUUGCAUCACUGUGCACAAUCAUAACAAAUCCUGAGAUUGGUGGUUAUAAUAUAACUAUACUACAAGGGUAAGUUACAUGAUUGAAAGCCUUAUCUUAAUGUCACAUGAAUUAAUAUCUUGAAUAUGAAUUAUCUGAUUUAAAUACAUUUAUUGUACAUCGUUUGUUACUUUUUCUGAAAACAAAAUGCAUUAAAAUAUUCCAGUGUGAGAAUGAGA